CUAGCUAGCUAACUAUAAAUACUCUCGGAAGUGGGAGACGGAGGUCUAUCGCUGCAGUGGCCAAGUCGCUUGUUUUCUAAAGCACAGAACGUAUAAUCCAAGCGAACAUAAAUCCAUGAUUUUAUUUUCAAAAACACCUGGAAUAGUCAGAGUGGCAUAAAAGUUAAGACGACACAGGGUAACGAAAGGAAGGAGAACAUUUCUUUUGAGACAAGCUGAAAUAAGGUAGUCAUAGUGCAAGGCCCUGGAUGGAUAGCCUGGACCCUGAAACCCUGUUCCUGUCUGCAGAGCAGCAUGGGCAAUCUGGGCAACCCCAGCCCGAGCUCCCGCUCCCUGCCCCGGAAGUCCCCAACAUAGCACUGGGGGGUGGAAAGAAGAUGAAUGGGUCCCUGGACCACCCGGAUCAACCGGACAUGGAUGCCAUCAAGAUGUUUGUGGGGCAGAUCCCUCGCUCCUGGGCUGAGGAGCAGCUUCGCGAGCUCUUUGAGCCGUAUGGUGCCGUUUAUGAGAUCAACGUUCUCAGAGACCGCAGCCAGAACCCCCCACAGAGCAAAGGCUGUUGUUUUAUAACAUACUACACUCGCAAGUCAGCCUUGGAAGCACAGAAUGCGCUUCACAACAUGAAGAUCCUACCUGGGAUGCACCACCCCAUUCAGAUGAAGCCUGCUGACAGUGAGAAAAACAAUGCGGUGGAGGACAGGAAACUUUUUAUCGGAAUGAUCUCCAAGAAGUGCAAUGAGAAUGACAUCAGGCUGAUGUUUUCAUCCUAUGGCCAGAUAGAGGAGUGCAGGAUACUCCGAGGCCCUGAUGGACUCAGUCGAGGUUGUGCGUUCGUGACGUUCACGGCCAGACAGAUGGCACAGUCUGCUAUCAAGUCCAUGCACCAGUCUCAGACCAUGGAGGGCUGUUCAUCACCGAUUGUGGUGAAGUUUGCUGACACUCAGAAGGAUAAGGAGCAGAAGCGCAUGGCCCAGCAGCUGCAGCAGCAGAUGCAGCAACUCAAUGCUGCCUCUAUGUGGGGCAACCUCACAGGACUGAACAGCCUGGGCCCACAGUACCUGGCACUUUAUCUACAGCUGCUGCAGCAGUCUGCCUCUACGGGGAAUGCACUCAAUAAUCUACACCCCAUCUCAGGUCUGAACGCCAUGCAGAACCUGGCUGCACUGGCAGCAGCAGCUAGUGCCACACAGGCAACACCCACUGGCUCCAGUGCCAUGACAACAUCAAGUAGCCCACUCAGCGUGCUCACCAGCUCAGGCUCCUCUCCCACCUCAAGCAGCAAUUCAUCAGUCAAUCCUAUGGCUUCUCUGGGAGCACUCCAGUCUUUGGCUGCAGGGGCUGGAGCCGGCCUCAACAUGGGCUCACUGGCAGGGAUGGCAGCAUUAAAUGGGGGUCUGGGAAGUGGAGGCCUGUCCAAUGGGUCAGGCAGCACCAUGGAGGCUUUGAGCCAGGCAUACUCAGGCAUCCAGCAGUACGCUGCUGCUGCUCUGCCCAGCCUCUACAACCAAAGCCUGCUGUCCCAGCAGAGUGUCUCAGCAGCAGGCAGCCAGAAGGAAGGUCCUGAAGGAGCCAACUUGUUCAUCUACCACCUGCCCCAGGAGUUUGGAGACCAAGAUCUUCUUCAGAUGUUCAUGCCCUUUGGAAAUGUCAUCUCUGCCAAGGUUUUCAUUGACAAACAAACCAACCUCAGCAAGUGUUUUGGUUUCGUGAGCUAUGACAACCCCGUGUCAUCGCAGGCAGCCAUACAGUCCAUGAACGGCUUCCAGAUCGGUAUGAAGAGGCUCAAGGUGCAACUGAAACGCUCAAAGAAUGACAGCAAGCCCUACUGAGAGCGCUGAGACGCUACAGACUUGGUUAGGAAGGGUGGUGAUCUGGCAAUUAUGUUUUGCACAUUGCCAGCCAGUUGCCAAAUGACACUUGUGCUUUCACUCCCUGCUCCCAGCCAUCCCCACCGAGCUUUAACUUCCCAUAAGCCCCCUGCCCUCCACGCCAUACACACCCAGAGCCAUGCAGCACCUUUCACACAACUCCCAGCCUGUCAGGAACCCAGGGGCUCACCUCUUCCUGAGGAAAACCAGUAGACCAGAAGUGCUGUAGCAGAGGAGCUUCUUUUCCUUUGUUUCUUAGGGUCGCCAUGAAGUGCAUGCAGUCUUGUCAGCCAUGUCCUGCCUGUAAGACAAAGGCAAGGAUCCGAUAUUCCUUGGACUUGUUCUGUAACUUUUCAUCUCUUGAGUACCUGUGUUGUGUGGUGUUGACCAAGCUGAUGGUAAAGCUGACUGUAUUAUUUUGAAUGGGACAUGACACCCACACAUCAUUUCUUUUAUUUCAUGAAGUCCUGUCAUCAGGACAACAUGGAGGCUAGACUCAUCCUGAAGGGAAAGUUCUGCCAAACUUCCUUUUAGAUCCUUAUUUUAUAAAAGGGGACGUUUUCAAAACUUUUACCUCUGCUGGUCAAAGGAACAUUUUAUGGCAAACCGCUGAAAGUUUCUCACCAUAAUUUCAGUUAUUCAGUACACAUACAACAAAGUGAAGCCUGUAAAAUGUUCUCUUCAGAUGCUGGCUAGUGCAGCGUUAUCAUGUCCGAGGAGCUCAUCUUCCUCGGACUUGAGAGCUAAUGAACCAGAAUGAAUCAAGUGGCUAAACUGUUGUGUGAAUGCUACUGCAGACUGGCUAACUAAAAGUUAGUUUUGGUGGAGCUCAUCUCAAAGCUUGCUGUCUGUCGGUGAAAGAUGUGUAUCAGCUGUAUGGCUCUGGUGUGCUGUGUGUGUCCAUAUGUCCCUGACACUAGAGGAGCGAGACGUGCAGUGUGUGCAAACACACGGGUCUCGCAGCAAUAGUGUGAAUCCAUGUUCCACCUAACAGUGGGACAUGGAGCUGACCACUGAUAUCCAUCUGUGUGUUGCUGCUGGUGUCGCUGAACGUCUCUGCUGCACACUGUGAGGUGUCAGUCCUUCUACUACUCAAGCUCGUCUGUUUUCAGAAUCACACUGCUCUGCAUCGUCCCUCAGCACCCGUCUGUCUUAACAGCUGCCCACGCCUCAGAGUAGGCUGCUAGACAAGGCUACUGGCUUAACUACAGAGGGCUAUAGUACUGCGUAUUUAUUUCUCAUCACUGUCGCCUCACUGGAGAAAUGGUAGAACUGUCACAUUACUGCAGACAUGCUUGUCAGUUUUUAAGACUUCCAGGAACUCGAGCAUUUAUUUUUUUGUCUUUUUUUUUUAUAGUAAUGGAGAGCAAGACAAUUGUCCAGAUGAUGUAUAUUAACUAUUAUUAUGGUGUUUCUAUUUUUAUAGAGGUUUUAUACUUCUCUUGUGUGUUGGAACUAUUUAUUGCCUAAAUUAUUUAUCUGAAUUGAACUUGUUUUAAAAGAUGAAUCUUCAACAGUAUUUUGUAAAAUCCUGAUGUGAAGUCCAACAACGCCACUGGAACUUCUGGCGUGUCUCGUGCCCUCACCAUUCAGUGUUAUACCCUGUUGUGAUGUGUGAUACGUGACCAUGUGGUGUGGACUGUCCCUCCCCGUGUCUGGACUCUACCAGCGCUGCUGAGAACUUCUCUCAGCCCUCCUGCCCAACAUAGCCCGGCAUCUUAAAAGCUGCAACAUUUAAACACAAGAAAAGAAUUGGAGUACACACUUAAAAGUUGAUCCUCCUGGUGUUUCUGUUCUCCUUCCCUUGCGAUGUAAAUAGACGGCCAUCUUGUGUGAGAUGUUACAAACCUAAACACUAAGCCAAGAACGUCUGGGGCCAAUGCUUCCUCCAGUCUCACACAACUAGGCUGAUAUGAGCUCCAGUAGCUCUACUACUGCAUCUUCUGUUUGGACAGCUCGUGUCGUGUCUGUUAAAUGUACCCAUCUUUGUAAACCAGUGUACAAGUUAUCAUGUUAUCACAUGGUAUCGUGUGUUAUCACAUGGUAUCACGUGGUAGCAUGUGUUAUCUAAUACAUGGUAUCGUGUGUUAUCACAUGGUAUCACGUGGUAGCAUGUGUUAUCUAAUACAUGGUAUCACGUGUUAUCACAUGUUCUCUAUUAACCAGAGAAGUGUACAGAUUAGCAGCAGUGUAAGUUUGUGUGAAGGAUGACGGUGCCACAUGCUGAGAGAAGCUGUCACUAGUGAGUGUUUCCUCUGUGGCCAUGUACACCAUAACCUCAAGGGUUUGCCAUUUUAAAUUCACCACAUGUUUGUGUACUUUCUCCUUUUUUGAAAUAUACUGUAUGCUGAUAAUUGUAGUGUGUUGUUAUCUCUUAAGAAACUGAGUCCUUCAUGUCACACAACAGUUGCCUGGUAAAGUAUUGCUUGUAUAUCAGGCCUAAGGAGAGCGGUCCAUCUGCAGGUAACUUAGCUAGUUAGUUGUGUUAUAGCACAAAAACACCACAAUGUAAUUCAUAGCUAAUAAAAAAAAAGCACAAAAUGAAUCCCAAAGAAGAGUUGUCGGUUGAGGUUCUUUGCCUGCAUAUCAUGAUGGGGAGGUCCGUCAUGCCCACCAUGUGACUUUAAUAACCCAGCUGGGAUUAUUCACAACAACAUAAGAAUGUGUUGGAAAUGGAAUACAAAACAUACUUGCUUAUAGUAAAGUUAAGGAUGAUUUUAGAGAGUAAUAUCUUACAAAGUUGUACUAUAAA